GGCACGUCUCUUCCUCUUCCAUCGACUAUGCCCUGAUUAACCGCUCGGUCCAGUUUAGUGCGCGAGUGUCUUCCAAAACGUUAAGAACAAGAAGCGACAACAAACCGCAUACGAAAAGAAAGAAAGUAACAAGUAUAAGAGAACGAAAUACCAAAGAGAUGCCUUCGAAGUGGUUAAUCUUCGCGCUUCUUGUAGCUACGACCUGGUGCGCGUCGGUACAAGAGGACGCUUCAACCAAUGGGACCAGUUUGUGGCGUAACCUGAUCGAGGAUUGCAAGAAACCGACGAUGGAAUGCGUGCAGAAGAACGUGUACAAAUACUUCGACGACGCUCUAGGCACCAAAGACGUAUCAAUCGCGAGUUUCCUCAAGCUCUCCAAAAACGACCAGAAAUACGACCCGGAAACGGAAGAUGAAGAACACGAAGAGACAGGUAGAUCUACUCCCAUAGAAGACGUCUCCAACGGUCUUCGCAACAAAGCCUUCGAGUUCGCCUUCACGCAUGACAUGGAGUUGAACCUUCCCGACUUCUUCGGCGGUGGCAUCAUGAGGAUAUCACCGAGAUCAUCGGAAGGAAGCGGCGCCCUUCUCAAGGUCGACUUUGAACCGAGGAGCGCGAACGAAGUGAGCGAUCCCAGAUUCUUCAAGAAGAUCAAGAAAUUCAUCAGCGGAAAAUUGGUGAUGGCUUUAAUGGCAAUCCUCUUAGUAAUCAAGUUGAUCAGCGUUAAAUUCAUGUUCUUCCUCCCUAUGGUCAUGGGAGUUGCAGCCGCCAAGAAACUGUUACUCAAAGUUCUGCUCUUCCUCUUCCCAGUAUUAGGACACUUGUUCAAGCUGUGUCCAUACUAUUCACCAACGAAAUUCCAUCAUCAUCAUCACCAAAUAUCGCAUCUUCAUCAUCUUCCGCACGGACCGAGUCUUCACGGAGGAAUCGAACUUGACCAUCCGCCACCAGGUUGGGAGGAGAAGCAUCAACAUCAAUCUGAAGAUUUCGGUUACUAUAGCGACGGCGCUUCGUUCGGCCCAGAUUUCUCGACGCACAGGAAGGACUACGAUGUGAACAAACCGCACGAGGAUGCGGGUCAAGGUCACUACGGUGGUCCAGGUCAUCGGGGUCAGAUAAGACCGCAGCCGCCUUCGAUUCAGGGUAAACAGAAAGCUGGACCGUUGACACCCACCGAAAUCGAAAACAUGGUGCUCAAAGCCGAAAAAGAAGCUAUGUUGAAGGCUCGUCUUCAGGAUGAACAGAAACGUGUUGAAUCGGAGAACAAGAAGCUGCAGGAUCAGAUCAAAAACGCGAUGAAGUUGCAGGAGAAACUCAAGAUCCAAUCGAUCGUUGCAAAACAAUCGUCGAAGAUCGCAGUGGCCACAGCCAACUACCAAAAUCCAAACAUGAUUCACCCACAAAUUGUGCAACCACACAUCGUGCACGCAGUUCCAGCCUCGCAUAUGCAUCAACAAAAUUCAUAUCUACCACAACCUAUGCUUCAGUCUAUACCACAAGGACAAAUGUAUCAAACUCAGAUGAACGAUGUACAUAGGACACAACCCAUAAAUAGUCCAGUUUAUCAGGCUCCGAUUCCACCAAAACCGGUAUUCGAUGCGUUCUACAGUCCAAUUUUGGAGAAGAUAGACAAAGUUUUGAUUGAGUUAGGAUUCCACGACGAGGCUUGCAGGGAAAGAUUGGUCUGCAGCAUGUACAAAAAUCCAUCCAAAUUUAGUCCACACAGCAAUUUGAUCAGCGCUGAAUUAAGCAGGGAAGCAAGUGAACUACAAAAACCAACGUCUAGUAAUUCCGCAGUGAUCAGGUUUUACAAGUACGUCCAAGCAGCAAGGGAUGGACAGGAUAAACGAGAUUGUAUGAGGCUGUAUCCAACAUGUGCGAUAGUCACAGAGUGAUAAGAAGGAAGGAAUAUAGCUCAAUAAUGAAAGGAAGAACAAGAGAAUUCAGGAUUUCAGGA